AUGAUAAAUAAUUAAGUUUUGGAAAAAUUAGAUGAAAAGAAGGAAAAAAAUAUAUAAUAAGUAGGAUAAGAGAAAGAAUUAAUUCAAAAAAACUUCAAAAUUAAAAGUGAAAAAACAAUUUCUGCACAUAAUAAAAAUUCACUCAAAGAUUUAAUUUAGACUUUAACUAAGUUUCUUUAAUAAUUAGAACAAAAUAUAUAAGCACUAGUUUAAGGGGUUUAUUAAUGCAGAAUAGAAUAAUAAAUGUAAUAACGUAUAAUAGAAUUAAUUGAAAAAUUUAAUAAUAAAUGUAAUUCUCUUAAGUAAAGUUUUUAAAAGAGUGGAUAAAAGCUGAGUUCUGGCAACCCAACAUAAUAAAAUCAUGACGACGACGAUGAUUUAAUAGAAUUUGAGAGUUCUGAUUAAGAAAAGUCUUUAAUAGGAUAGAAUAAUAUAGUAGAUAAUUAAUAAAUUGUGGGUUUAAUUUAAAUUUAAGAUAAUUAGAAUGAAAAUUUUAUUAAUGCAAAAAAGGAGAAAUGCAUCAUAAAUCAUAAAUAAAUUAAAAAUUUUUAAAGCGAUUAUUAAUAAAUAAUUCAAGCUUACCUUGAAUAGUAACUGAAGAAUAAUAAACAAUCCAUCAAAUGUAUGUGCAAUUAAAAUAUUAAGUUUAAAGACUUAAAUAUUUCUAAUUAAAAUUUGUUUGAAAUGAUCCAAAACUAAUAGUUGGUAACAAUUUUUAAUCAAUUUAACCAAAUGGUACUGAAAUGUACAAAUAGCUUUUGUAGUUUUAAGUGUUUUGAGUAAAAAAGUAAUAAUACAUAAGACUAGAUGAUGAGGUAAUAAUAUUAUUGUCCAGCUUGUAAUUAAAAUUCAAUAUUAGGGAUGAUGAAUUGA